AGUCCACUAAGGUAAGAGGACUACACGACAAUCCCAACUCUCUCUCUCUCUCUCAUCUCUUAUCUCUUCUCUCUUUGUUUGUGGGGGAAGAAAAGACGGUUCUUUUUAUGCGUUCAGAUUCCGCAGAUCAAUUUCCCAAUUCCCAAAUUUCUAUUAAUUUCGCAAAUACAACGCAUCUAGAUCCCCUCCCAAGUCUUGGAGUCUCAUUCAUAGGCCACUUGAACACCUUUUCCCAACUCCCUCUUCUCUCCUCUUCUGAGUCUAACCAUCUUUUUUAUUUAUUUUUUUAUUUAUAUUUUAUUUUCUUCUCUCAUCAUUUAUUCAUUUUAUACAAAAUACACACCAUCUUCUCCUCGGUCACUCCUCCGCCUCUAUUUUAGGCGAAUAUUAUCUGGCGCAAAUCGAGCUGUCAACUAAAAAAAAAAAAAAAAAACGUUUCUCCCACUUUCAAAGUUGUUCUUCGUUUCGAAUUCAACCGUUCCAACACUUAGAUAACUGAGUUAUAUAAAUCCCCUUUUUGGUAAAACUCAAAUCCACUUCAACUCUAGUGUUGUAAUAUGCAAUUCUCGAUUCCGGGUUUUCUCUUAAUUAGAACAAAGUCAAUAACUGUCAAGAAAUUGAAGCAUUUUCGAAGCUAGCGGUGAAUACCCAGAAUCUAGUUUUUUUCUUUAUAUAUAUAUAUAUAUAUAUAUAUUAUAUUCUAACUAGUAUUUGAUAAGAAAGAUGCAACAAAGAGUGUCGCCUUUGGAGGAAGGUAAAGACCCUGGAGCUAUUAUAAGCAGAACAAGCCAAUAUAAGGCCCUGCCGUUAAGGCUGCUUCGUUUAUUUGUGCUAUUUUUAGCUUUAUGUGUCACAUUUGCUGUUAUUAGCAUAUACACUGUUCGCCAUUUUGGGAUCAGUACCGUAAUGACUACGGUCAAGUCCGGUUUCCAGCCGUGUUAUGCGGAGCCACAAAGUGAUUUGGAUCAAUGGAUUAGGCCGCCAUCGAAUCUGAUCCACAGGAUGAACGAUACCGAGCUGUUGUGGAGGGCAUCUUUUGCGCCUAGAAUAAGAAAUUAUCCUUUCAAGAGGGUUCCGAAGAUUGCUUUCAUGUUCUUGACUAAAGGACCAAUGCCACUAGCUCCUCUUUGGGAGAGGUUUUUCAAAGGGCAUGAAGGGUUUUAUUCGAUUUAUGUUCAUUCGCUGCCGUCGUUUGUGCCCAUGUUUCCCUCUACAUCAGUUUUUUACGGGAGACAUAUUCCAAGCCAGGUUUCUGAGUGGGGAAGGAUGAGCAUGUGUGAUGCCGAGAGAAGACUCCUCGCAAAUGCACUGCUCGACAUCUCCAAUGAACGGUUUGUCCUCCUUUCGGAAUCAUGCAUUCCCCUCUACAAUUUCAGCAUCAUAUACCACUACAUUUCAAAAUCCAAAUUCAGCUUCAUGGGGGCAUUUGAUGACCCCGGGCCAUAUGGCAGAGGGCGCUACAACGACAACAUGUUACCCGAGGUGAACAUCUCCCGGUGGCGUAAAGGAUCUCAAUGGUUUGAGGUUAACCGGAAGCUCGCCACCUACAUCAUCGGAGACACCACAUUUUACCCAAAAUUCGAAAAGUUCUGCAGACCAGCAUGCUAUGUGGACGAGCACUAUUUUCCGACUAUGUUAACCAUUGAAGCUGCCAAUCUCUUGGCAAAUAGAAGCAUCACUUGGGUGGACUGGUCCAGGGGUGGGGCUCACCCUGCUACUUUUGGGAGACCAGACAUAACGGAUGAGUUUUUCAAGAGAGUUUUUGAAGGUACGCGUUGCACUUAUAACAACAGAAACUCUUCAAUCUGUUUUCUCUUUGCCAGAAAGUUUGCUCCGAGUGCUUUGGAGCCUCUGUUACGUAUAUCAAAAAAGGUUUUGGGCUAUUGACGAAAAAUGAACAAAGGGGGUUACGUUGGAGACAUGCGAAGAGUUCAUUCUCUGCCCUAAAUACACGUUCAUUUGUAAACUAACCACUUUGUCUUGUGCUUUCACUGGAAAACUCUUUCAGUUCAUGUUGUGCCAUUAUCCCCAAAUAAUACUAGGUGUACAGAGAACCAGCACCAGAUAGGCUUUGUACUCUCAUUUUUGUACUGAGACUAGAAUAAUUGGUUUCUAAUUUUAAGUUUCAAUGUGAUUAUAUAUUGAGAAGCAUAAAUUUAUUACUA